AUGCAAAUCUAUUUUUCUUUAUUCAUAUCUAUUCAUCUAUCUAUCUAUCUAUCUCUAUCUAUCUAUUUGAGUCUUUAUACAUAUCUAUUCUAUCUAUCUAUCUCUAUCUCUCAGUAUAUACAUAAGUAUGUAUGUAUAUCUCUCUGUAUCUAUCUCUCUCUCUCUAUCUAUCUGAGUCUCUAUUCAUAUCUAUCUAUCUAUCUAUCUAUCUAUCUAUCUAUCUAUCUAUCUAUCUAUUGUGGCAUUAGUCAAGUUUCAACACUAUCUAUCUAUCUAUCUAUCUAUCUAUCUAUCUAUCUAUCUAUCUAUCUAUCUAUUUCUAUUCAUAUCUCACUAUUCUUUUCAAUCUAUUUCUAUCUAUCUAUCUAUCUAUCUAUCUAUCUAUCUAUCUAUCUAUCUAUCUAUCUAUCUGUUGAAAAUGCCAAUUGUAUAUCUGUUCUGUAUGUGAGUCGUUAUUCUACAAAAUUGUAUUCUAUCGAAGGUGAAAAUUGA